AUGAGCGACGAGCAGAAGAAGGCCACAUUCAAUGCUCUGCCCGAAGACCAGAAGAGAGGGAAAAGCUACAUGGAGUGGAUCAAAGAGGGUUACCAGAACCAAUACGAAAACUGGAUGCCGUGGAUCGAAGACCAGUAUUUGAAGUGGUUCACGCGUGACAACAAGGCUAGUUAUGCGACCAAGGAUACCCUCGACAAGAGCAAAGUCACCGGCGUCUCACAAGUCGACAACCUCCAAGACGGCGUGAACAACCUCGUCGCCGGUCAGGUCGGCCAGGGCGGUCUGCUGCAGCCAGUCGGCGAUGCCGUUUCCAAGGAUGGAAUCAAUCGAGCCGAGAGGCAGGGUAAGGAUGAAAAGGGGUCGUAUGGUAUUGGAGGUCCAGCUUCGACGGUCACGGAUCCUGUGGUCAAGAACACCAAGGCGGGUGCGGAGGGUGUCACUGGCGCGGUGCAGGGAGCGGGAAGUUACGUUGGAGGGUUGUUUGGAGGAGGCAGGAAGGAAGAGGCGAAGUGA